AUGAGCGACCUACAGAAGGCCUGGGCCAAGAACCGCCUCGGUGCCAUGGCCAUCGAGCCAUUCGACGAGCUCGAAGAAGAGGAAACCGGCACCGUCCCCGAAUUGCCCGAGCACUUCGAUGAUGACUCUUCUUCCGCCUCGUCGGCCUCGUCGACCGGCACCGUCAUUCCUUCGCCCAGCCAGAAUCUCUUCGCUCGGCCUCAGGGCGUUCCCCGGGGGCGCACUUUUCAGCCCAUCCCAUGGACUACAUAUUUUGAGAGGGAGCUAUUCCUGCAUGAUGAAACAACUCCCCAAAGUCCUAAUAUCCACGCCUACCUCACCUCUCCCGUCGGCAAGGGCCCCCUAUUCGUAAUGCAUCAUGGCGGCGGAUCCUCGGGCCUCUCAUUCGCCGUGGUGGGCGACCAGAUCCGCCAGCGUCUGUCGACUGCCGGCAUCUUCUCCCUCGACGCCAGGGGUCACGGCUCGACGACCAUCCCCGAAGGCCAAGCUCUCGAUUUAUCCCUCGAGACGCUCGCCGACGAUCUCCUCACCGCCAUCCGGCUCACGCGCAAGGCGAUGGGGUGGCCCGAGCUGCCGCCCAUCAUCCUCGUCGGCCACUCUAUGGGCGGCGCCGUGGUGACGGAGCUGGCGCGAUCGGGCCGCCUCGGAAAUGCGCUGCUGGGCUACGCCGUGCUCGACGUCGUCGAGGGCUCCGCCAUCGACGCCCUGCAGCACAUGCACACGUACCUGUCGACGCGGCCGACGGGCUUCCAGAGCCUCGAGGCCGGCAUCGAGUGGCAUACGCGGUCGCGGACCAUCCGGAAUUCGGUCUCGGCGCGCACGAGCGUCCCGUCGUUGCUGAGCUUAGAAGACGGAGAGGGGAAAGACGCGCGGCCCUGGAAGUGGAGGACGGAUCUCGCGGCCACGCAGCCGUACUGGGAGAACUGGUUCGUGGGCUUGAGCGGCAAGUUCCUGGCGGCUAAGGGAGGGAAGCUGUUGCUUCUCGCUGGGACUGAUAGGUUGGAUACGGAAUUGACGAUUGGUCAGAUGCAAGGCAAAUACAAUCUCCAAGUCUUUCCCGAAGCAGGUCACUUUAUACACGAGGACCUACCGGAGAAAAUAGCUAUCUCGCUUGUAGAUUUCCACCGGCGCAAUGAUAGAAGUGCCCUGGUGCUUCCGCCCAAGGUCGGUGACCUCCUCAAGCAGGGCAAGAAGGUGUGA